AUGCAUAAUCCGACCAUCCAUGAUUACACACGACUCAAACGGCUUCUCCGCUACGUCAAUGGCACCCAGCACCUUGGUCUACCCAUCACCAGAGGCUCUCUAGAACUCACUACAUAUUGUGACGCCGACUGGGCUUCGGACGCCACCGACCGGAAAUCAAUCACCGGAUUUUGUACCUUUCUCGGCAACAACAUUCUCUCGUGGAGCGUUAAGAAGCAAACUACGGUAGAAAAAUCCUCCACUGAAGCCGAAUACAGGGCUCUUGCCGCCGCUCUCUCGGAUGUCAUCUGGCUGCGCCGCCUACUUCUGGACUUCCAGAUACCUCUCGACAAACCGACCACCAUCUUUUGUGACAAUGCCUCUGCACUGUCCCUCGCUCAAAACCCCGUGUUUCAUGCACAGACCAAACAUAUUGAAAUUGAUCAUCAUUUCCUCAGUGAUCACAUACAGAAGUAG